AUGGUGGGGGUCGGUGGUUGUUGUGGUUCUCCUUCCUCGUCGCUCGGUCAAUCGCUUCCGCCAUGGUGGUGGCUGGAGCGUCGUCGAAUGACUCUACCGCGGCCGGUGACCUUACCCCAUCCAUUGAACGAACUAGCCCGAGUUGCUCCCGGGUCUCUGCGUCGAAGUGGGGAAAAGCCUGCUCUGCGAGUCUGUGUAGCUCCGUCGCAUAUUGCCGGGCGGUUUCCGUUGACCUUUGAACACAGUACCGAAAAGAGUUACGGAACUCUCGUAGCGGCCUGGGCGGGGCCAGUAUAG